AUGAAUAAAAUUUAUAGUAAAUACAAUUUAGAGCGUUUGCGUCUAUAGCACUCUGAAUUGGAUACCAUCAAAUUGGACAGUAAACUUUCUUAAUAUAUCUAGGAUCUGAAAUGAAAAGAGGAACUGGUAAGAAUGCGAUUAGAAAGGUUUUUGGAAUUGAUGAAGCAAGCAGACAUGAGUAUGACAUUUACGAGAAACAACAACUAGAUGCAUUUAAAAAGUUCUUAGAUUAUGAGAAUCAAUCUUUAUCAGAUGAACUUAUUCUAAGAUUCUUGUAUGCAAAUUAAUUUGAUUUUGAUACGACAAUUUAAGUAAAAAUAACCUUUUAAAAAAAUAAGCAUAUGCGUCUUCAUCACUCAUGGAUUACAAAUCCUAGUAAUUUUAAGUGGACAUUAAACGCAGAAGAGAUAAUAGUAAGGAAUAGAUCACUAUAUUAAGAAAUAAGGUGCAAUAUAUAUAAGUGGGAGAGGAUUGGGUCUUAAGCCAAUUGUUGUGAUAAACGCGGAUAAAUUGGAUAUUUCUGCUUACCCCAUUGAAGAAAUUAUAAGGGCCAUUUCAAUUGUGUUUAUGGUUGUGAAGGAUUACAUGUUAGCAUCUGGGAAGGUAGAAAGUUGGUUUGUAAUAGUUGAGGCUAAAAACACAACAGCAUAUAAGAUUCCAUUUAAUGUAAUAGUGUAAAACUUAAUUGGUAGCAUUUGAAUUAGAUUUUUGAUGUAUUGAGACUAAACUUUCCUUGUUAUUUAGAAAGAGUGUUUAUCUUGCAACCUUAGACAUCAAUUUCGAUUGCAUGGCAAAUAAUAGAGUAGUUUAUUCCUCACAAUUCUCGUCACAAAGUAGAGUUUAUUGAAAACGAUUAUUCUCUCUUAUUCAACUACAUUAAACCAAAAUAAUUGGAAUAACGACAUGGAGGUAAGGCUCCGAAUGUAUAUGAUUAUUGGCCACCUCAUAUUGAGGAUUUUAAUGAGGUGGAAUUCUAAUAAAAGUAGAAAAUGGAGACACAAAAGAUUAAAGAAUAGAUAAAUGUGCUUUAGAAAGUGAUGCCUUUUUCUUCAAAUAUUGAUUCUACAGUUUCAGACUUAUUAAGAAAGCAGUAUAAACCUAAAACCAAGAUUUAUCAACAGGAAACGUAUUUGGAUACAACAAACUAUUUUGUAAAUAAAUCAAUGUCGAAUACUCGAUUAUUGAAUGGACCAAGAAAGGAACAAGUGCUCUCAAAUCAAAGUGACCAAUAGUUAUUAUAACAAUAGAAAACGUAAGAAGUGAAUAUAUCUCUGGAAUAGAGGAGUCCAAAUUAUAAUUAUUAUUAAGGGGCUUAUUUUUCUGAGCAACCUUAACAAUAGACUACAAUACCUCUUUAGAGUAGAUUUGUGGGUUCUAGAACAAAGUCAAAUGAGACAUAGGGGUCACUUUUGAAUGCAGCAAAUCAGAAUGGUUUAUUUCAAUCAAGAUUUGUUGGUUUAAGAACCUAGCAUUUGGUGGCAAAUAAGGACAUUAGCAUAAUAGUGAACAGAGAAGAUAGAAUAUUGAACCAAUUAAUGUGA